UUUGGGAUCACAAGUCCAGUUUGUUCUUCAGUUCCUGGUCUGGAUACUAAAGAGCAACCAACUCAGAGAAUUUCUGCACAUUUGAUGAAAUGGGGGACUGGGGGUUUCUAUCGAAGUUGCUGGACAGUGUCCAAGCCCACUCCACAGUCAUUGGCAAGAUAUGGAUGAGUGUCCUCUUCAUCUUCAGGAUCCUGGUGUUGGGGGCAGGAGCAGAGAGUGUGUGGGGAGAUGAACAGUCGGGUUUUGUCUGUAAUACCGAAACACCAGGUUGUGAGCUGGUGUGUUAUGACUGGAUCUUCCCCAUAUCUCACAUCCGAUUCUGGGUGCUGCAGAUCAUCUUCGUGUCCACUCCGACUCUGGUCUACCUGGGCCAUGCCGUGACCGUCAUCCACAAGGAGAACAAGCUACGAGAGCAACGCCAGAGAGACCAGACAGUGAAGGUACCCAAAUAUACUGAUGACAAUGGUAGAGUCAGGAUCAGAGGAACUCUUCUAGGCAGCUACUUGACCCAACUCUUUGCAAAGAUCCUCAUCGAGAUUGGGUUCAUAGUCGGACAAUAUUAUUUGUAUGGGUUUGUGAUGGUGCCAAGAUUUCUGUGUAAGAAAUUCCCCUGCCAUACAAAGGUAGAGUGUUUUAUGUCACGACCAACAGAAAAGACUAUCUUUAUCAUUUUCAUGCUUGCUGUAGCGUGUGUGUCUCUUGCUUUAAAUGUGCUGGAGGUGCUGUAUUUGCUUUGCAAGAGGAUAAGAACGAAUUCCACAAAAAGGUAUAUGGGGCAUUUUACCUCCGAACUUGACAACAGUCUCCCCCCGCUUUUCCCCACUGAUUUGACGGCUGCAGACAAUUUUAUGCACAAGGAAAAGGUACAGUUCGACAGUGGGAAGUGUCCGGAAGGAUCCAGCUUUGAUUGA